GGCACACACUGGGGCUGUGGCGACCCAGGGCUGAGAGAUUGUUGGCUGGGCAAACAAAAAGAUUAGGCUAGCUCGCCUUUCAGUUGGGGUGUGUUAGGACGGGCAGUGACAAAUAGGCCUAGAACUGCUAUGCAGCAUGAGAGCCUGACAGGACUAGGACUAGGAGGAAGGGACUGUGAGUAACUGAACAGAGGUUGGAGACAAGUCACUCAAGUGUUAGACCUGACACUGCUGGAAUAGCGUGUACAGUUUGAGAACCAUUUUGAUCAUGCAUAAGACAACCUUUCACACCAGUACUGGGGAUGUACUUUUUUUCCCUGAAUGGGUACUUCAUGGACGAAAAGAGACUUACUUGACCUGCAUUGUCUUGGUAAUCUUGGGUGUUUGCUACCAGGCUAUCAAAUUUGCUCGUCAACAGUAUGGGCGCAAAUGCAAGAAUCUUGAGUGCAAGCGUUACAUUCUCAACAAAGGCCACAUGCUCCAGACUCUGAUGUACCUCCUGCAGUUUGUCUGGGGCUAUGUCAUCAUGCUCUCAGUGAUGACCUUCAAUGUCUGGAUACUGGUUGCUGUUCUGGUUGGCUUUGGCAUUGGUUACUUCUUCUUUGGCUGGGGCGAGUAUGAGGAGCCGUCUGCGGCAAUGCGCGUGUACAGAGUUCCUGUGACGAAAUCUUAUAUUGCUAACUCUUGCAGCGACAGGGUGACCGCCUCAAGUAGCAUGACACAAGAGCUCUUGCCGCUGAGUGAGUCCACUGAUGAAACGAUCUUCAGAGAGAGUCGCUCGGAUAGUGUUCUCUGCUCGUGUGAUAACAGUAACAUUUGACUUUUGGUUGGCUGGUUUAGUGAAUCUCUGACGAAGCAAGUAUUAUUUAUUUUUUCCAAGGCAAUAGACUUAUUUUGAUUGAAAGUGUGUAUUACAAUUUCUGCAUUCUGCUUGAUGCUUAUUUUUCCUUUAUUUUUGGAUCGGAGUUGAUAAGUAAAGCAGGGUUGUAAUAUAUUUGUUCAUCCUCAUCUGAUGGUCGUGUGUAUCUCAUAUUGUUAAUGUUGAUCAUUCUUCGUUGAAGUUAGAGACUCCUGUAUACUGAGAACUGGAUCUAAAGAUUAUCAAUGUUGUUAGAAUCUGUUCAAUAUAGUGUAAAGCGCAUAGAGCCUGCUGCUGAGCGGGGAUAUGCGCUAUACAAAUGCUAUCUAUUAUUAUUAUUAUUAUUAUUAGAGUCUGUUUUCUUUGAAAUGAAGUGGAGAAUGGAGGACGAGAAAAAGUUUGAGCUUAUAGUUUAAACACAUACAAAGUCACAUUAUUGUUAUUUUUGUUAUUAUUUUGUAUUGUGAGAAAUUGGAUAGCUUUUUUUUACACAGAGAUGUAUUAAAAUAUAAACCUUUUUAGUUCAUUGUACUAUGGUAAAUACCUAAUGAAGUCCUGUUUUUAGAACUUUGUCAGUGUUGCAAACGUAAUAUCCGUGUGAUAAAGCUCCUCCUUCUGCAGAACCAGUAGGACCAUGAUCCCUAUUUGGUGACCCAGCUGCAUCAUUGUUACAAGGUGUUUGGAGUGGGUGGUUGGUGGGUAAUCUGGUGUGGUUUGCUCCUUCUUUCCUAUAAAAAUCUAUCGUCUCUAUCUCCCCUCCUUCUUUUUUUGUGUUUGUUACUUCCUUGUAACACCUCUAAUCUUUGGCACUUAUAUGACCUCAUUGUGUUGCAAGUGCCGUAAAACUCUUAUUAAAACUAAAAAAAGGUGUUUGGAUACUGUGCCGACUUUGAUCAGGGUGCUGUAAUUUCUUGUGUCCAAUUUCCCUGUACUGCUAGUCGUAGGUUCUUGAGAUUUCUCAUCUGACCAUUCUGAAAGUGUGAUUAUACUAUAGUAUCACAGUCUUCAGUUAUUUUUUAAGCAUCAUUAAUGUAUAAGCACCAAAGAUUGUUUUUCAAAUCUUACUUAUGAGAAUGGUUUCCUGUCACAAUCCUUCUUCAUACUUUCUUUCACUUUAAUCACAGUUGUGCUGAACACACCCGCACACACACACACACACACACACACACACACAC